GUGUCCUCGAGCCGCAGUGACAGUGAGUAGAAGAAGAGCUCUUGAUGACAGCAGUCGCGCGCAGUGUUCACACCAUGUCAGGAGGACUCGGAGGGUUUGCCCAGAUCACGGACUGUUUAUACAUCGGCAACGGCAAAACGGCGAACGACUCUUCAGUCAUACGCUCUCUCAACAUCACAUGUGUUAUCAAUGCAACUCAGGACAUAAGAAACGCAAACAUUCCCACGAUCGAUUAUAUGCACGUGUCCGUCUCCGAUGAUCCCGAAUCCAGACUCACUGAGCAUUUUGACGCAGUUGCUGAUAAGAUACAGCAGGUUUGUGAAGAACAUGGACGAGUCCUGGUUCACUGUAACGCAGGCGUCAGUCGAUCCGCGGCUCUGUGUCUGGCGUUCCUGAUGAAACACUGUCAUCACACACUAGCAGAGGCUCACACACGGCUCAAAGCUCAGAGACCCAUCAUCAGACCGAACCCCGGCUUCUGGAGGCAGCUCAUCGAGUACGAGCGCAAAAUACAUGGAGAAAACACAGUCCGAAUGAUCAACUCUCCUGUUGGAGACAUCCCAGAUUUAUAUGAGAGAGAAACAAGGGGAUUGAUUCCACUUUAGGAAAGGAAAUG